AUGUAUUCCUCGUGGAUGCCCCAAAACGUCCAAAAACGACUCCUACUAUAUAUCCUUCAACAGCUCUCGCUCUUUUCUGCCAUUGACUUGCCCAAUUUGGAGGAAGUUUCGCUCAAUAACAUCCAUUUGCGAGAUGUCUCCAUUGACUCCAAACGAUUGGGCGUGAUCCAUGGCCUCCGCCUCGAACUGGGUACCUUAAAGGAUGUAGAACUUACCGGUGGGAUGGUCGAUGGUGUGAAUUUCAAGGUUACCGGUGUAGAUCUUGUAGUGGUGCCUUCUGUCAAUCACAAGCCAGCAGACUCGCAAAGCAGUACAUUUCUGUUGGCGCAGAGCACGGCCGACUUGGCCAAGACCGUGUUUGUGGAUUCGAAUGCUGACGAAUUGGGAUCUGAAUUGCUUUCUGCGGCAGAGGGCCCUCGCUUAGCUGCGGAGGCGAAACCAUCAGUCGUUCCUCCUAAUGCGGACCCAAGUAAAAAAGCAUCUCCUUUGGGCGGCGUGAUGUCCAAAGCCGUAGAAAUCGCCCUACUGAGGCUUCAUGUGUCUGUGAGAGAUAUCAGCAUUGCCAUUAAGGUUGAGCCUGUGACUCUUGUGCUCGAGAUUGAUGAAAUACAGUUCGACUCUGUCUCCGGCGUACGCAACAUUGUCAUAAAAGGCAUCAAAUUAUUGACAACAACUCCUGGUGUCAACAAGGGCGCCAGAAGGCCAGAAGUGCCUCCCGAGACUCCACAUAAAGAAGCUACCGUGCCCUCAAGUGACAAUUCAUUCGACGAGAGUUCUGACAAUAUUGACUCAGACAAUGCUGACGAAUCCCUAAUGGAUAGUAUGGUUUUCACUCAUGAAGAAGCCAGUCUGAUCUACAUGAGUGCCACCUCUCAAGCCUUUCCGUCAAGAAUUGCCGCUUCACCUAAAUCUGAUACAAGGGACCGGGCCAUAAUUCUUUACAUCGACCGCACAGAAAUAGCAUUUGAAGGGGCUGUACCCCUAAAGGAUCUCAAGAUUAACGUUAAUUCGAUCAAUGCCGCGUUUACUCCAUUGCUCCCAACUCUUACCUUAAUAAGCACUUCUCUUACCAAAUUGAUCAGACUCAAAACACACGAGAUCACAAAAAUGAAUGUGACAGAGAAAAGCAAACUAUUUAACGGAAUAUCAAACCCGGAAUACUCCGACAAUGACUCGGAUAAUGAUGAGCCCAAGUUUAACCUGGCUGACGGCAAUGAACCCUCUAAUUUUUUCAACAAACUUCGUAUAGGUGAAAUUGUUGCUAGUCUCACCUCGGCUUUGAAUGAGGAUGGCACAUUCUCUUCUUUUGAUGAUGAUCUCUCCAUUCUGCUUUCAAACUGUACUGUGAAACAAAAACUGAAUGGACUGAUGUAUGGUGGGAUUGAGCUGAUUGAUUGUCUUAAAUACACUCAGGGUGAACAUCAACAUGUUUUCCGAUUUUUGAAUGAGGAAAAGACAACCAAAUCUGACCUGCCAUCUGAUUUCGGAUCACCAUCGCAGAAAUCACUGCUGAAAGCUGAUUUCCGCUUCGAAAUCCAGCCUCAUUUCGAUGACAACCGAGGCUCUUGGUUGGAAAUGACCAUUUUAUUAUCUAAAAUUGGCAAGUUUGACCUUGACAGUGAUUCCAUUCGACAAAUAGUUCCAUUUUUGACAGCCUUAGGCACGGCAUCAAGUUCAUUCUCGCUAUUGAACGAUAAUAUCUCAAACAUGAAUCGGGUCUCACUUAGAGACGAAAAAACAGCUGUUCAGCCCAAUAAUAAUGUGGUCAUCAUACAGACAUCUAGCUUCCAAUUGGAGACUAGAAUACUGGAACUGCUUCAUUUUGAGAUUUCGGCUUUCCCAGUAUCAUAUUCGAGCGCUACAGGGGAACUUCUGGUGCAUAAAAUUGCUAUUUCAAGCACAUUCCAAGGAACGAAAAGAGCUCUUUUGGUGAUUCCUCAAAUUCGAUUCUGUCUAAAAUCACAAGAGUUUUCAAAACUGAAUCUUGAGCCUCUGAAAACAAAAGAGUCAAGAUUUACUUGUUCCAGAAAUCUUUUCAUUGGAGCUGCUUUUGGUGCCAUAGAUGCGAGUCUUUUGUUAUCCUCGAUACAUGAGAUCUCCAAGUUCUCAUCUGAUUUAAAAGCAAUGAUCGACUUCAGUUCUUAUAGCAUUCCAAUGCUUCCAGAAAAGCAUUUAAGUGCUACUACAAAAAGCGUCUUUGCGAGCGCCUAUCAUUCUACAUACCAGAAUUCUAAUCUGUUGAAGAGGGCGCCACCUAGAGCAAUUGCAAUGGUUAAUGACCGGAAAAAUAUAGAAAUGGCAUUCAACUUGCACUUCGACCUGUUCGCCUUCUCUGUCGAAAAUGUAUUUCCCCAUUUUGGGAACUUGAAAAUUGAUUGCAAGAACAUUAAUGCCUAUUACCUGCUCCUAGGUGAUUCCGUUGGGUCUUUUAAAGAACUUGCCAUUACCAGAGUGUCAAAUGAACUUCUGGAGACCCUAUUGCGAAAAGCUCGGUGGCACAGUCAAAAACCGAUGGUGACAAUGAAAUACCUGGUUCAUAAAAAAGAGAUAGAUUUAGAGUUCAGGCAAUUCUAUAUCGAAUAUUAUGCUCAGUGGCUCAAUCUAUUUGAAAAAGAUGUCAGCAAAGGCCAUGACGCAGAAAAGAUUGUCAGUGCUACACCCAAAAAUAAUUCUGGGAAGUAUGAGUUGGAUGUGAGACUCACAUUCUUCGAUUUUGCUCUUGGUCUCACGCCCAUGAUGUUGCCAAGUAAAAUAUAUGUGCUCGUUGGACAUGGAACUCUCGAUUUUACCUCAGACAAGACCCAAUGCUAUGCCAAGAGUUCAUUCAAGGAUAUUCUGCUUCAUUUAAUUGAUGACACUUCUCAUGGAAGAAAUGAAAAGAAGGAUUCCAAAUCGAUGCACUCCUCAAUCACUGAAGAUGGCUUUGUGGAAAUUGGUAGAAUCAAUGCCUGUCAUGUAGGGGUCACCAUUGCAACAGAUAUGCAAGAACUACAACGCAGGAACGUUUCUUUGGGCCUUUCGGACGAAUUACCUUUGAUUGAUGCAAAAUUGAAUUCAGAUACACAGAAUCUAUUUCUUUGCGCGGACUCAUGUCACACAUUAUUGCAAACCAUAAACAACCUCAAGGAGCCUGUUAAAUUCAUGGACGAUGAAAAAAGCAGAGUGAGGGUUGCCCAUAAUUUUUUGAUGCCAGUCGAACUCAGAAACGAAAUUACGAAUCUUUUCGGUGGCCAUGCUGGCCAUGCCACUCCUAAAAGAAAAGAAACUUCUACAAUCCCACCGAAAUUGCCUUCAAGACCCGUCACAAAAAAGCCUUCAGAGGAUUUCCUUGUUAUUGAUGAAUAUUAUGAUGACACUAGGUUACUUUCCCAUGAUGAGCUUAACUUAACUCAAUUGAGUAUUGAAGAGCCUCAAAAAAAUACUCAAGAGGGCCUGAUUCAGUUGGUCGAGGGACACUUCAACGAAAGACUCAAGCGCGGUUCUCCUGUUGUUGUACCAUUUAAAUUGAAUGUCAACUUGGCGAAGACCGAAGUCUUGUUGUUUGAUGGCUAUGAUUGGAAGACAACCCGGAAAUCGUUGCGGAAGGCGGUCAAAACCAUAGAGAAGCGUGUUGAUGAAAUCACCGCAAAAAAUAUCGAUUCCAGGAACAAACAAGCAAAUACUGAUGAAGUGUUUUCAGAUCACGAGAACUACGAAAUGGGUGAUGAGGAGGUGGAAGAAGUCCUCUUCAAAUCUAUCCAUAUAACUUCAAAAGGUUCUGAAAAUCGCGCAAGAUUUAUCGACAGUAUCAACUCUCAGCUCCAGGAUGGUUACAAAAAACCCCGAGGCGAGCCCACUGAAGAAAACGAGAGAAAUUACAGGGAUCUCAAGCUAUCGCGCUCGCAUUCGCAUAAAAUCAUGGUUGAUGUAAAAAGUAUUGAGCUUAAUGUCACAAACUACACCAGUCGAGAUCCUCGAUUCGAACCAACUCCACCGAACAUGGAUGCAGAAACAUUGAACAAACUUGAUGUCAGGAUCGACACGAUUGUCGUGUAUGACAAUGUCCAGACUUCGACUUGGAAUAAAUUAUUGAGUUAUAUGUCAUCUAUGGGUGAAAGAGAAGUUGGAACUAACAUGGUGCAGCUUGAAAUCCUCAACAUUCGCCCUGAUCCAAAACUUCCAUUUGCAGAAGCUCUCGUGAAAACAAAACUCCUUCCACUUCGAUUGUAUGUCGACCAAGACACUUUGAGUUUUUUGUCUCGCUUUUUUGAAUUCAAAGACACUAGAUUUGAGUUGCCAAUGGACGAAGUCAUGUAUUUCCAAAAGCUCACAUUGGAACCUUUACAACUCAAAUUUGACUACAAACCUAAAAAAAUGGAUUUUGUAGGUUUGAGGGCAGGCAACCAUGCAGAGUGGGCAAAUUUAUUCACCUUGAACGGUUCAACACUUGCUUUGGAAAAGGCUGUUAUAUACGGAGCAUAUGGCUUCCCAGAGAUUGGGGCUCAAUUGGGUCAAAUUUACGGUCCUUAUAUUCAAAAGUGCCAACUAGCGGGCAUUCUAUCUGGAAUCGGUCCAAUAAAGUCAAUCAUUAAUGUUGGAAAGGGACUUCAAGAUUUUGUGGCAAUACCUAUUAAGGAGUAUCAAAAUGAUGGCAAUGUUUUAUAUGGACUCCAGAAAGGAACGAAGGCUUUUGCCAAGACAACCUCAUAUGAAUUCUUAAAGCUUGGAAUCAACCUUGCCUCUGGUCUUCAGGUGGCCUUGGAGACCCUGGAAGAAUACUUUGGCGGUGAAGGAGUGGCUGGCAGAGCCGCAAAUACGACCAAGGAAGCCAAAGUCAAAAAACCUAAAAAAGCGCGUUCCUCAGAUAGAGGGCGAAAACCAAAUUUAAUGGAAAGCUCUCAAAAUCUCCGCGCUAUAGCCACUGCAGCAGACCACUCCGUAGACAGAGAGCGCCGAUAUUCGAUGACGGCAAUUGACGAGGAUGAAGAUCUGGAUGAUGGAGAGUUGCUGCCAUCUAUACUAAUAUUUGAUCCAUCGGAGAAUCCAGAAUUGGAUGCAAUUGAGGACGAAGCUAUCGACAACUCAGAUAGCGACGCUCUUAUGGAUGAGGACAAGCUUACCAGCCUUUACUCCAAUCAGCCAAAGAAUGCAAAAGAUGGCUUGAAACUGGCAUACAAGUCAUUCGGCAAGAACUUGACGGUAGCCAAGAAGAAGUUCAAGAGUAUGAAGAAUGAAGUGCGAUCAGCAGAUACGCUUCAAGACCAACUCAAAUCAAUUGCCAAAUCAUCCCCAGUUCUUGUUAUACGACCCAUUAUCGGAACUACAGAGGCAAUGAUGAAAACACUCAUGGGCAUCACCAAUGGAAUCGAUUCCAGACCCAUGCGCGAGAAUAAAGAUAAGUAUCGAGCCGACUCUGUCGUGGAGCGAUAG